GCGGUUAAGAUUAUUUUCAUUUUUGGUUUUUGGCUUUUUUAAUCCAUAUUUCAGCAUUUUCCCACUUCACAGCCGGCAUAUCCGCUGCGACAAAACGAAGCAAUGACGACUGCGACCGCGACGGCGACGCCUUGCGUAGCUCACUUAGUUAGCCAUUCCACAGCUCGUCUUCAACACUCCAGAGCCGCUCUUCUUCUUCACCAAAACGCGGCGUUUCGGACUAAGAAAACCACCAAGAACAAUCUCUCAUCGAGAAACACUUCAUCUACCAUCGCCGCCGCUUUACCUUUCGAACUCUCCCCUCCUCCUAUCGAUCACGAUUUCCUAGAUUCAGUUACAGCAGAAGGAGCAAAAGUUUCUGAGGAAGGGAUAAUAGAAACGUUUGAAAAUGACGAUGAAGCUUUGGAUGCAUUCGAUAAUGGCGUGGUGGUUAUGGACCUUUCACAUUUUGGAAGGAUAAGAGCCAGUGGAGAUGAUAGGAUUCAGUUUCUUCAUAAUCAAACCACUGCCAAUUUUGAAUGUCUUAGUGAAGGGCAGGGAUGUGAAACCGUUUUCGUUACGCCGACGGCAAGGACGAUUGAUAUUGCUUAUGCUUGGAUUAUGAAGAAAGCAGUUUUAUUGAUGGUUUCACCAGAGACAUGUGGAAACAUAACUGAAAUGCUCAAUAAGUACAUAUUUUUUGCUGAUAAGGUAGAGAUUCAAGACAUCACCAAGCAAACUUGCUUAUUCGCUUUAUCUGGUCCCAAGAGCUCUGAAGUGAUGGCUAAUUUGAAUCUGGGUGAUCUUGUUGGACAACCAUACGGCACAAAUCGUCAUUAUAAUGUGAACGGUAUGCCUAUAACUGUUGGGGUCGGAAAUAUCAUUUCCGAAGAAGGUUUUUCAUUGUUGACAUCACCAGCGGCAGCCGAUUCCGUCUGGAAAACUCUUCUAUCUCAAGGUGCUAUUCCUUUAGGUUCUAAUGCCUGGGAAAAGCUAAGGAUUACACAAGGUAGACCAGCUCCUGGAAAGGAACUUACCAAUGACUUUAAUGUUCUGGAGGCUGGUCUUUGGAACUCAAUUUCAUUGAACAAAGGCUGUUACAAGGGACAAGAGACAAUAUCAAGACUCAUUACAUAUGAUGGAGUUAAACAGAGACUGUGGGGUAUUCAUUUAUCAGCACCUGCAGAACCAGGCAGCCCCAUUACAGUUAAUGGGAAAAAGGUGGGAAAGCUGACAAGCUAUACAACAGGAAGAAAGGAAUGUGACCAUUUUGCUUUAGGCUACAUAAAGAGGAAAGCGGCUUCAGAUGGAGACACUGUAAUUGUUGGAGAAAAGAUUAUUGGGACAGUAGUAAAUGUUCCUUUUCUUUCUCGGCAAUCUCCACCUCCGGUAAAGAACUCCGGCCCUCGACUCAAUUGAAAUUAUAUGGAUAUAAACAAUCUUGGUUCAAAGGUUUUUCUGGUAUGGCUUAGCUUUUGUCAAGUUUCAUACCGCUUUCUUUGAUUUGUAUCUUUUUGGGCUUUAAUUCCUACGUACCGAAGCAUUAUGCUCCUUUCGUUGUAAUGUUUUUACAAAUCGAUGAACUCGAUCCCUCCUUUUUCUAUGAUAAAUCCCUGAAUUUUGUAUACUUAUAGCUCUUCCUUGUGGUAUGCUAAUGUCCAUAUUUAGAGUUGAAGACUUGCAUCUUUGUAUUUUUUAAAGUGAUGGGUUUGGGAUGUAAUUGAACCGAAUUGAGCUUGAAUGAAGCUUAAGCUGAAUUAAA